AUGCUGCGGAAGGCGGCCGUCGGGUUCCUCGCCUGCCUCGUGCUCUACCUCGCCUUCUCCUCCUACCCCCGUAGCCAGAGGGCUGCAUAUGUUCAGUUACCAGCAGUUACUCACAGGGUAUACCUGGACGUGGAAAUUGAUGGCCAAAAUAUAGGUAGAAUUGUCAUUGGUCUUUAUGGGGAAGUUGUGCCAAAGACAGUUGAAAAUUUUAGAGCCCUUUGUACAGGUGAAAAGGGUGAUGGGCCCAAGGGUAAACCUCUUCACUAUAAAGGAACACCAUUUCAUCGAAUCAUCCCAGGUUUCAUGAUUCAGGGUGGUGACAUAGUUAGAGGUGAUGGGAAAGCACGCGAAUCUAUAUAUGGAGGCACCUUCCCAGAUGAGAAUUUCAGUGUGAAACAUACACAUCCAGGUGUUGUUGCUAUGGCAAAUUCUGGAACUGAUUCCAACGGAUCCCAGUUCUACAUAACCACAAUCAAGACAGGCUGGUUGGAUGGGGAGCAUGUGGUCUUUGGCAGGGUGAUUCAGGGAAUGGAUUAUGUCUACGCCAUUGAAGGGGGCGCAGGCACUUACAACGGCAAGCCGAGGAAGAAGGUGCUGAUCACUGACUCUGGUGAGAUACCCAAGGAGAAAUGGGGCGAGGAAGCAGACUGA